AUGAGAGAGGAUCAAUUCAACUUGAAUACUUCAAAUGAAGGUUUUAAUUUCAAAUCAACUUUGUGUAAUGGAAUAUGUUUGAAAACAUUCUCCAAUCAGAAUGGAACGUCAGAUAUAAUUCUAGAAGAUCAAGUAAAUGGAAAUAAUAAUAAUAAUAAUAAUAAUGAUAGUCUUGGAAGAGAAAUGAUUUGUCAAUUUUUAAAAGACAAUGAAAAUUAUAUCAAAGGACAAUGUGUAUUGGAACUUGGAUCAUGUGAAGGAUUGUGUGGAUUGUUUGCUGCCAAACUUGGAUGUAUAGUUGUGAUGACAGAGAGUAGAGACAACAUACCAACAUUGAAUGAAAAUAUUAGAUUAAAUGAUUGUUCACUCACUAGUUGUGCAGUUCGUUUAAAUUGGGGUAUUCAAUCGAUCCCAGAACUAAUCAAUACUGUACCCAUUCCAUUUGACUUUAUUAUGGCUUCUGAUAUAAUAAUUCCAUCAGGAAUUGAAAAUGCAUUACAAUUGUUUUCAUUAGUAUCAACCAUUCUAAAAAUUCAAAAGAGAAGUAACAAGGAUUGUUAUUUCCUAUUGUCCUAUAUUCAAAGAGACCAUCUUACAACAUCAAAGACACUUGACAUUGCUGAUAGAUUUGGUUUAAAAUAUGAACUUGUUCCUUACCAUCAUCAUCAUCACACAGAUGGUGCAGGUGUUGGAAAGUUAUGGAAAUUUGAUCUAAAAGUUUAA